GAGCAUUCUCUUUUCGAAACUCUGAUCAUGGUGUCCAUGCUCGCAAGGAAGGGUGCUUCCUUAUACAGGCAACAUUUUCUCUCCAGGACAUUCAAUCUCUGCUUCAAGUUCCUCACCACCAUUCCCAACAAGGACGUUGAGGAAGCUGUGAGUUCUGUAUCCGUGCCACCUUCUGAACAUUCUAACAGCCUUCAUCUUUCCCCUCUUUUCUCUGACUUCAAUCACCCCUAUACUGGAUUUGACAUCGAGCUUGUGGAUCAUGAUGUUUGGGGGGUCUCAUCUGGGGUGGCACAAGCCUGGCGUGGACCAGAUUCGGUUGCAUCGAGAGCUAGUUCCUUUGUUCCGCAAGAAAUUGAUGAAUCCCUUGAUCGUGUUGAGGGUGAACUGGAUUUUGAGGACAUAGACAAUAUGAGAAUUCGUGGCAGUCUGUUCUAUAAGCUUGAGCGCAGCUCUAAGGAGUUUGAAGAGUAUAAUUUAGAAUUUCACCGCAAGAAAUCUUCCAAGAAGAAACAAGAGGCAAACAAAGCUAAAAUAACUCAAAAUGUGACUACCCAAGAUCACGAGCUUCCCAAAGUUAAGAACUUGACAAGAAGUAAAAGUGUUAUGCCCCGGCUAGAUGAAAUCAAUGAUGUAUCUCCUGUGAACAAGAGGCAGAGGACUCCCACUUUUAAUCAGCUUACAGGUCCUUAUCAUAAACCAUUUUGCUUGGACAUCUACAUAUCAAAAGCCUCUGUUCGUGCUUGCGUUGUUCAUAGGGUAACUAGCAAGGUUGUUGCUGUGGCACAUUCCAUUUCCAAGGAUAUCAAGUUCGAUCUUGCUUCUACCAAGAGCAAAGCCACUUGUGCUGCCGUUGGGGCGAUUCUGGCUCAGAGAGCCUUGGCUGAUGAUAUUCAUGACAUGAUUUACACUCCAAGGAAAGGAGAAAGGGUGGAAGGGAAGCUUCAGAUUGUUCUUCAGUCCAUCAUUGAUAAUGGCAUCAAUGUAAAUGUGAAGAUUAAGCAAAGACCCAAGAAGUCAUCCAACCGUAUUUGACCUUGUUCAGUUGGCAUUGU